CUUUUUGGUUAAGUUUAUAAUUAAAAUAUUAUUUGUAUAUUAAAGCCGGUUCUCGCAUCCUCGGAGGAGGGAUGUGCCGUAGUGGAGUUCUCGCCGCUUCUAUCCACCCCAAAGGAGCAGCCGCGGCCAUCUGCCGGGGGACAGAGGAGACCGGUCUCCUGGAAGCGGAGGAAAGGCCGCCAACCGUGAGGGGAGGAGGGGCUCCCAACCAACUACUGCCAGGGGCGUCCACCAAAAGGCGUCCACGAGGCGUUCUGUCUGCCGGGGAGGUGCGGCUGUCAUCCAUUAGAGGGUGGAGGAGUGGUCGAGGACCAAGCUGCGGCGUAUCUGAGAGCAGAUGACGCUCCUGAAGUCAGAAAUGAUCCAGAAGAAGCUCUGGAGAACUGGUCUCCUGCUCUGGAUGUGCGCAAUGACCAGAGUCCAGUGCGCUGCACUCUCAAUCAAACAGUGUGUGAUUCUGGAGUACACCAGUAUUACCUGUUAUUGGGAAACAUCCAACCUGACCCUCGUCAACAGCAGCUACAGACUUCAAGUAAACAAAACUGAUUGUGAUACCAAAGAAGGCUUCAUCCCUGUGGAUGUGUGUCACAGCAAAGGCUCCAGCUGCUCCGUUCAACCCAUUGAUUCUGCAUUUCACUGUUUCUAUGCGGAUGUGCUGGUGUCCACACCUGCUGGACCCAUACGCUCUCCACCCUUCUUCUUCAUUGGUAUCUAUGAAGUGAAGCUUCGUCCCCCACAGAUUACAGGAAUCAGGCCAUCUGCAAGGCAGCCCGAGUGUUUGGAGGUGUCCUUGGGCAUCCUCACUAAGGAAGAAAAAUCCUUCAGAUGGCUCCAAAUGGAGUACACCACACAUGGCCAGACUCAGUCGCAGACCAUACAAGCAUAUUCCAAUGAGACACUGGAGCUCUGUAAUUUACAUGCUGGAUCUUGGUACAUGGUGAAGCUGAGAGUUCAGGACAGUCGAUCAUCCGCUCACUGGAGCUCUUGGACCAUUGAGUACAUUAGGACAGAGGAGAAAGCCCCAUCUGCUGCUCCUCAGUUCUGGAGACACGUGCAAUCCUCAGAAGAAGCCGGAAAGAGACAUGUCACCCUGCUCUGGAAGCCCCUCUCCUGGCCUGAGGCGAAUGGUGAUGUGCUCAGUUACACUGUGUCUUGUUGUAAUGAGGUGGACUCUUCGCAAUGGACUUGCGGCACUUUAGAUUCCUCGAAAACCUCCUGCAUUCUCAUUGUCUCUUUCAAUCAGUGUUACUGCAGUCUGACAGCUGCUAACUCUGCCGGGACAUCACCUACGGCACAUCUCUACAUACCUGGACACACGGAUGCAGAACUCCCAGCCCCCCAGAAUGUCAGUGUCAUGCAAUUGGAUGACACUCAACUGAAAGUAGAAUGGGCAGCUCCAAUGAACCAAUCAGAGACCGGAUUUGUGUUGCAGUGGAUUCCCAUACCUCACAACAGAAUGACCCAUCUGCACUUUGAACACCUGGAUGAAACUCCAAGAAGUUUUAUUAUCUCCGGUCUGCUUCCAGAGGUCCCAUAUAAUCUGUCUGUCAUCAUUCUUUAUAAGGAAAUAACAGGAAAAGAGAAGUAUGUCAUUGCCUUCACACGGGAAGGAGCGCCGUCUGUCGGUCCAAAGCUGAAAGUGCUGCAGACCAGCAGCCGAAGUAUAACUCUGAGAUGGGACCCUGUUCCUAUAGACAAACUACACGGCUUUCUCCAAUACUACACUGUUAUGUACACUAUAAAUGGAAAAGUCAAAAGGGAACAGGUAGGGGGCAGUGUUGAACAGAUAUCUCUGAGUGGGCUGAUGGAAGGAAUCUACAACAUCUGUGUAAUUGCUCACACUGUAGAAGGGGGCGCCGCUGGUCCAUGGCAGAUGGUGGCUGUGGGGCAUGACGAUAUAGAAGUAAUCCCCAUACUAUUGUGUGCACUACUACUGAGUUGUAUUAUUCUCAUAGUACCAGUAUGCAUGCGGGUGAGGAUUAAACACUGUCUGUGCCCAACUGUACCAGACCCCUCAAAGAGCAGCCUGUUAGCCUGGUCAAACAUUAAGCCAUGUCAGCCUAGACCAACAUCCUCUCCCAUGAGCGCCUUCAUCACUGUAAGUCAAACCUCAGGCUACCACAGUUACGACAAGAAAGAAUACAUCCCGGUUCAAGUGCUAAGCUACCGCACCGAUCAACCUUUAAACAACGACAUUGAGCAACCCAAAUCCUACAACACUAAUUUAGUUACAACGUACAUGGGCCCAAGACCACUGGUGGGUCAACAGAGAACUGAGGAAACAACUCAAGCCUUUUCAGUACAUUUCAUCAACCAGAGCUACAUCAGACCAGAUCAAGUCACAUUGGCUGGUUAUCAAGUUGACCAGCAGCCCUCAACGGCCAAUCUGUUGUUUGAUACGGUCUUUGCCUACAGAAGCAAUCAAAUGAAACCAGACGAUUUGUGUGAGUAUGUCCAAGUGUCCCAAAGCUAUAUACCUGCCGUAGAAGCUGUAGACGGAUACCGAACUCUAGAUUCUGAUGAGAGUGUCACAGUUCUGCAGUCUUUACCAGAGGACCACAAGACAUAGUUCUUCACGGUUUAUCUGAGAGUACAUCACUUAUGUUUUAACAAUGCUAAAAUGAGCCAGUGGAGGUGAGAAUUAAGCAAUUUGAGAUGGUGUCCCAUGUGAAUGAAGUCUUAAUGGGACUGGUUACAAAAAAAUCUUGUUUUCAGAGAAAUGUAAAUACAUUAAGGAAGGUUCAUGCUAAAAACAAGAGAAAACUAUUUGGGCUAAGAGUAUAUACUAUUCUAAUAUACUAUAUUACUAUAUACUACUAAUAUACUAUACGACUCAAAGGGAAAACAAGUUUAUUUUUCAAAUUUAAAAGGGAAACGAGUUUAUUUUUCAAAUUUAAAAGGAAAACAAUUUUAUUUUUCAAAUUUAAAAGGGAAACAAUUUUAUUUUUCAAAUUUAAAAGGGAAACAAUUUUAUUUUUCAGAUUUAAAAGGGAAACAAUUUUAUUUUUCAGAUUUAAAGGGAAACUAGUUUAUUAUUCUUACGCAUUGGCAAAUAGUUUUUCAGAAACGUAAUAAAUAUUGUAAAUUUCUCUGCAAACAAAAAUAUGUUAUUCCGUUUCUCAAGUAAAUGUGUCUUGUUUAAAGGACGUUUAGAUAUUUUGAUAUAUAAAGUCUUGUUGUCAGAGAAAUCAAACAGAAUGUAGUGAGGUAUAUGCUUAAAGCAAGAAAAAAACAAUUUGGGAUAAUAAAAAUAAAACUUUAUUCAAAGUAAAUAGACGUUUAUCGUUCUAAUUUAAAGGGAAAACAAGUUUAUUUUUCUGAUUAAAAAAAGGGAAAGACAUUUCGUUUUCUUACCCCGUUGCCUAAUAGUUUCUCUGAAACUCACAACAUUUUGUUAGAUAUAUUUUAAGUCAUUUUGCGUAUCAAGUAAUGUAUCUUGUUUUAAUGAUGUUUAGAUAUUUACACUGGAAAACAUGACUAAAAUACUGGAUUUUUCAGUGUAUGUGAAAAAUAAUUUGUUCCUGUUUAGAAAAGUUAUUAUUGUGUGUGUUUCCAUGCUGUGGUCCUAACAACAUAAAUAUCCUCAGCUGUUGCUGUAAAAUGUUAAAUUGUCACAUUUGUGCAGUUUUCAGGGGGAAAUCUGUUGUAUUACAUAUAAAAAACUGUUAAGCUGUAAAAUCUCCUACAUAACCCACCUAGUGUGAACUAUCGAUGUGGCCUAAAAGUCUGAGACCACUUAUAAAAAUCCUAUUAUGCAUUCUUUCUAUUUAUAAUUACAGUAUUAUCAACAUAACAAUUUAAGUGAAAGGUUGGUGAGUAAAAGUGAGUACAUUUUUAGGUGAAUGUAAAUUGGCUUACAUUUGAUUAAAGACUUACAACGCAGAAUUUUUUAUGUUUAUCUGUGGUUGAUUUUACUUUUAAACUAUAAACCUGAAACUUGUUUAUUUCCAUCAUUAAAUAAAACUAAAUCCCAGAUUUUUAAUGUCGUCUCAGACUUUUGGACCCCACUGUGUGCGUAUUGUAUAUUAAACUGUAUUUAUUUUCAUUGGGUAAUGCUGUUGUAAAUAAUGGGAACAUUUAUUUUUGUGUGCUGUGGCUGAAGAUAAACCGUUGUGCUGCAGAGGAAAUGAAAGCGAGAUUGAUUCAGGCAUGGAUUCGAAACAUGACUUUUGUGGGAACGUUGCAACUAGGGGCCAAAGUUCAUCAACGCUUGUCCAUCUUUCCUGCAAGUGGAAUUUCCGACAAAUUCCCUCUUUGUUUGGACAGAGACGGGCCAGGCCAGUGUCACACAUACAUCCGGCUCAACAAAGCUGGUCGUCAGCAUCAGGAGCGCAGAUCGGUUGUGUGCCAGCACUGACCCAUCAAAACUGUGCUGACCCUUAGUUCAUAACACACUACCUACAUUCCUCUGCUCCUUCGGGAAUUUAUCAGCCUGCUAAAGUUGCUCUAAAAAGAAUGAAAGAAGAAACUGAAGAAUUCUAAACUAUUUCAGAUAUUCUGAUAUUCUUAAAGCACGUGUGUGGUACUAACUGCAUUGUAAUUUGACUAUUAAA